AUGGGUUAUGCAAGGGCUACCUGGUGGUACCAGGUGGGUAUGGGCCCAAAACCCACCCAUGUGAGCAUAAUGGCAUGGGGCCAUUAUGGAACCCAUGGCGCAUCAGAAUCUCAGCUGUCAGACAGCAGUGAGGCGACUGAAGCUGAGAGAUCAAGAGAUGUCAAGAUCUACAUUCCCUAUGAGUCAGCCGAACUCUGCGUCACUCAGAUAGCUGAGGACAUGGAAGCCAUGAAGAGAAGACACCUUGAAAUGAUGCAGGAGCUGGAGGAGAACUUCCAGGUCACAGCACGAGAGAACCAGGAGUGGACCGUGCAGAGGAUCAGAUCUCAUCAUCAGAACAAAUUGAAUACUCUGAGGAGAAUCUUGGACCUGUACCAGGAGAAGGUGGAGAAGAAGAAUGCAGACUGGGAGAGGAGAGUCACGGCCUUGACUGCACAGAACGAGCAGCUGCUGGAGGAACAGAGAGCAGAGAGGAGGAGGAGUAAAGAGGAGGCCCUCCAGUGGCAAAGAGAGAAGAGCAAAAUGCUGGAACUGUUCUCCAACAGGCUGGAUGUUCUGCACAGCCACCAGGCCUCCACUCUACAGGAGCUGCAACUUGCCAGACAGGAAGUAGGGAAAGUCCAAGAAAUGUUGACCGUAUCAUCAGUGGGGCAACAGGAAGCUGCUGAGGAAGAUGAAAGCUCAGAGAACAAAGGACUUUCAGCUCAACAGCAGACCGGGGCCUGCAAUGAGUUGAAUCAGCUACUAGAGGGGGCUAAAGCCCGCCUGAAGGAGCUGAAAGAGAGCCUGUAUCAGAGGGAGAGGGAGAUCACUGAGCUGCUGGAGGCAGAGGGGGGUCCUGUCCCUCCUGUCCCUCAGCCGCCCUGCAGCGUUCUGCUCCUCACUGUCACACACAAGGCUCAUGCUAUCUGCACUGCAGUGGCUGAGACCAGAGCUCUUUUGGACUGCAUGAUUGAGGAGAAUCGGAUCGCUCUGAUUGAAGCCAGAGACAAACUGGAUUGUCUACAGAUGGCCAAAGAAGACAGUUAUGACAGAGACAAUAAGACCACUGAUCAAGACGGGUUAGACGAAUAUGAGUCUUUGUCUUUGCUACAAGAAACUGUGAAGGAGCACGAGGUCUCACAGUUGGCUUUGGACUGCAUCAAAACUGGAGAAAGUCCUGUAAUAAAUGGGAUUGGUCUUGACUGGUCUUGAAAUAAAAUUCAGGGUGCUCUUUGUCCAAGACCGAGACAAGACAGUAUGCGGUCAAGCCAAAGAGGAGACCAAGAC